AUGGCUGAAGCGGAGGAGAGACCGAGCGGAGGGGGUGACGACGAGAACGGCAAGUACCCGAUUGGGUUCCGCUUCAAGCCGACGACCGAGGAGCUCGUGGAGUUCUACCUCCUCCCCAAACUGCUGGACGAACCGACCGUGCCAAACGAAUUCGUCAUCGAGGCGGACGCGUACGGGUGUGACCCGGAGAUAUUGACUGAAAAAUACAAGGAUAGCGGCGUGGACGACACAUGGUACUUCCUGUCGCCGAGGUACCGCAAGUAUCGGGGAGGGGAUAGGCCGGUGCGGCGCACGGCCGACGAUCGUGGCCGGUGGAAGCCGUCGACGGGCCAGUCGAAACCACCGGAGGAGGAGGAGGGCGCCUCGACGAACCACUCGAAGGCGAAGAAGGCCGCGUUCAGCGAGAACACACUCGCCUACUACGUGGGCCCCACCAAGGACGAGACCAAGACCAAGUGGCUGAUGCACGAGCUCGUCGUCCCCGAGACGCCCGACAGCGGCUUCCACAGCAAGAGCGCCGCCGCCCGGCCCAGCGACGACAUGCUGUUGAACAGAUACGUCGUGUGCAGGAUUUACAAGAGCCCGUUGAGAAAGUGGAAGGAGAUCGAGGAGGCGGCGGCGGAGGUGCCAGCUUCGUCGCAGUCAUCCGGGCCGGCGCCGGAGCGCGUUGGAGAGGCAGCGGCGCGGGCACCGUCGAGCAGGCAGCCGCCGGCCAAGAGGCCCGCGGUGGAGCGGCCGGCGACGAGCGGGCACACCGGCACGCCGAACAAGGGGGUUUCCGUUUCCCAGACGACCUUGUUCCCGGGCGGACGUUCAGCGCCGACGCGUGGCAGUGGCGGCGGUAGUAGCGUGCGCAUGCCGCCGGUCGGAGUCGGAACCGGAGCAGCAGGGCACCACGGGCCAGAGCUCCCCGCGCUAGUGCAUUGGCCGCUGGUGUAUAAUAACAGCAUGCAGGGACCGGUGCAAGUGCAGCAGCCACCGUUGGUGUAUGGGUACGGCAACCAAGCGGCGGGGAUGCCGAACGCGAACGGCCAGGCGGCGCCAGGGCAGGGGCCGCCGGUGUCGAGGCUACGCCCGCCGCGCUGUGCCGCUGCGACCGCCCCCAACUCUCUUUGUCCCAAGACGAUGAUGGGUCCGCCGAACCUAGCUGACGGCCAAUCAGCUUGGCCGCCCUCUCCACGGCAGCAGCAGCCGCCGCCGCCGCCGGAGACGGACGAAGCGUGCCGGAAUCGAGUGUAUGCGAGACUGAUAGCUGAAAUGAAAUUACAGAAAGCACAGGAGAGCAGCGCCGCUCGCGCAGGGCAGCAACGGAUCGAGCAGACGGCGCCGUCCGCGCAGCCAGCAUGCUUCCACGACGAGGGUGGCGAUCGCCCUGUGGGAGUCGAAGCCAUAGUCUCUCCCGCUCAGUUUUCGGCGCCUCACGGUGGGUAUCCUUACAGCAGCAGCAGCAGCAAUUUAGCUCAGCGACCCCAGCGGCAGCAAUCUAGCUCAGCGGCACCAGCGCCAGCGGCGGUGGAAAAGGCGCCGGCGGCUGAGAACGUGCCCUCUAAGCAAUCGCUGCCACCAGCACCAGGUGCAAACGAAGGAAGCUGCAAGGGGGAUGCUGCAACUGCAACUAUCGCAGACAACAUUAUUUUGCAGAUUUUGACAGCAGAUUGUUGGCCGCUAUGA